AAAAGUCUGAAGUUCCUAAAAUGAUUAACUGGCUUUGGUUACUUUAAUAAUAAUGCAUCAGUCUACACUUUAUCUCCUUUCAGGCUGCAGUCAUAAUGUCGAAUCCGGAGCACCGGGCUCCAUGUGCUAAUCCUGGAAACCCAGUUUUCUCCUGCAUGAUCAAACCAGGAUCUCACGCGUCGUCUGAAGAUCCGGCGCUGGCCAGAUCUCAGAACCUGAUGUAUAAGACGACAUCCGGCGACUACGGCGCUCGAUCACCCACGUUUGAGUCCUCGCCCUGCUCCUAUCACCCCAUAUCCCAGAGCUUCUCACAGCACCUUGCACUGUGUGGGAUGUUUCAGGACAAUUCCUUUAAUACCAGCUUGGACCACCGCUAUGUGUAUAUCCCAAAUGACAAUACACAGUUUAAGGGACAGUGACCAAACACAUUUGCAUUUUAUAUUUGAGUUACGUCUACUGAUCACUCACACAAGAUAGGUCUUGUUUUGUUGUUACUGCAUGUAAUUGAUCUUUUUAACCUUGAUGUAUGUCUAGUAUUGUGUAUGUUUGAUGGAUACGGCAGCAAUAAACAUCCACUCAUGAAAGCAAGUUCAGUUUUAUUAGGAAGAAUUCUGUCAAAGUGUACAAACUAGUGCUGACAAACGAUUAAUCGUGAUUAAUCGCAUCCAAAAUAAAAGUUUUUGUUCACAUAAUA